CCUGGGCUUGCGGGCCACCCUGAUGCCGAGCCCGCAGCUCCUGGUGCUCUUCGGCAGCCAGACGGGCACGGCGCAGGAUGUGUCGGAGCGGCUGGGCCGCGAAGCCCGGCGUCGGCGCCUUUGCAGCCGGGUGCAGGCCCUGGACUCGUACCCUCUGGUGAAUCUGAUUCACGAACCCCUGGUGGUAUUUGUUUGUGCCACCGCAGGCCAGGGAGACCCCCCUGACAACAUGAAGAACUUCUGGAAGUUCCUAUUCCGGAAAAAUCUGCCGCCCACCUCCCUUUGCCAGCUGGACUUUGCAGUGCUGGGCCUCGGCGACUCCUCUUAUGCCAAGUUUAACUUUGUGGCCAAGAAGCUGCACCGGCGACUGCUCCAGCUCGGAGCCAAUGCCCUCUUGCCUGCCUGUCUGGGCGAUGACCAGCAUGAGCUAGGGCCCGAUGCUGCCAUAGACCCGUGGCUGCAGGAGCUGUGGGACAAGGUGCAGGAGUUGUACCCGCCACCCCCUGGCCUCAGUGUUAUACCCCCUGGCACCCCCCUGCCCUCCACCUUCACCCUGCACAUCCUCCAGGAAGCCCCCGAGACAUGCUCUGAAGCACAGCCUGUAGUCCCAAAAGCAGCCCCAGGCCCCCCUUCUGAGCUCCAGCCCUUCCUGGCACCCCUGGUCACCAACCAGAGAGUCACCGGCCCCACACACUUCCAAGACGUUCGACUGAUCGAGUUUGACAUCACAGAUUCCGGGCUCAGCUUUGAUGCUGGGGACAUCGUGCUGAUCUGGCCCCAGAACACAGAGGACAAUGUGCAGCGAUGCUGCGAGGUGCUGGGCCUACAGCCCAACCAGAGGUUCACGCUGCAGCCUCAGGAGCCAGGCGUCCUCUGUCCUGCCCGGCUGCCCCAGCCCUGCUCUGUGCACCACCUCCUGUUGAGGUACCUAGACAUCAGCAGUGUACCACGCCGCUCCUUCUUUGAGCUCCUGGCCUGUUUCUCCCGCCAUGAGCUGGAGCGAGAGAAGCUGCUGGAAUUCAUCUCUGCCCAAGGCCAGGAGGAGAUGCACGAGUAUUGCAGCCGGCCCCGCAGGACCAUCCUGGAGGUGCUCUGUGACUUUCCGCACACAGCUAGUGCCAUUCCCUCAGACUACCUGCUGGAUCUCAUCCCCCCUCUGAGGCCUCGGGCCUUCUCCAUUGCCUCCUCCCUACAGGUGCUCCCAAGCAGGCUACAGAUCCUCGUGGCCGUGGUGCAGUACCAAACUCGCCUCAAGGAGCCACGCCGGGGCCUCUGCUCCACCUGGCUGGCUUCUCUGGAUCCCACUCAAGGAGCUGUCCGAGUACCUCUGUGGGUGCGCCCUGGGAGCCUGACCUUCCCCAAGACCCCAGACACACCCGUGAUCAUGGUGGGGCCAGGCACUGGAGUGGCUCCCUUCCGAGCAGCCAUCCAGGAACGCGUGGCGCAGGGCCAGAAGAGAAACAUCUUGUUCUUUGGCUGCCGCCGGCGGGACCAAGACUUCUACUGGGAGGCUGAGUGGCGAGAGCUGGAGGACAGGGGCUGCCUGAGUCUGGUCACAGCCUUCUCCCGGGAGCAGGAGCAGAAGGUCUAUGUUCAGCACCAGCUACGGGAACAGGGUCUGCUGCUCUGGGACCUGCUGGACCGCCAGGGUGCCUACUUCUUCCUUGCAGGGAAUGCCAAGCUCAUGCCGACGGCUGUGUCCGAAGCUCUGUUGUUCAUCUUCCAGGAUCAGGGCAGACUGUCGGACCCUGAAGCUGCCUCCUACCUAGCUAGGCUGCAGCACGCUGGGCGCUUCCAGACUGAGACAUGGGCCUGAGGCCUAUGAAGCUGCCUAGUGCCCCGGGAAGGAGGCAAAACUGGUUCUGUUUUCAAAAUGGGCUCUCCCACCACCUAGGCCAGCCCCAUGGGAUACCAGCCUCCAGAGCAAUUUGGGUGCGGGGAUGGGUCUUCAGGCCCCUUGGUGGCCCAGCUUACCCACUCCCUCCCUGGAGAACACCUGGGCAAUAAACUUAGGUCUCCCA